AUGCCCGCCCAUACGGCCGUUGCUUCUACAUCCAAUGACGCUCCCAGCGCCGCUACCGUGGCAGCUCAGUCGCGCCUGGAGAUGCGGCUCAAGUUCUGCUUGGACGGUACUUUCGAGAAGAUUGCAGGGGCUCCUCGGGCGUUCUUCAGAGACAAUCGCUCAAUGACUGAUUCCCAGCUUGCCAAAGUGGUGGCUCGGAUGGAGCUCCCGGUUGCUUAUGAGAAGCCCGCUGUCACUGGUGUUUCUCUGCCUCCAGAUGAGACCACCUCAACCACCGAAGAGAACACGGCUGUUGAUGUUGGCGCGUCAGCUUUGCCCAUCAAGUCGAUGAACACUGAAAGCUUCAAGGCUGCCACUGCUGGAACAAAGUUGCCUGGUCCAGUUGACAAGAACGUUGGAUAG